AUGACCGUGUCCUCUCUCUGGGUCUGCAGGCGGCUGCCCUGUCACAUCAGUGAUGUGUUCAAGUUCUGCUGGACUCUGUUUGUCUACACUAAAGGGAACUUCCGUAUGAUUGGGGAUGACCUGGUGAACUCGUACCACCUGCUUCUCUGCUGUCUGGACUUGGUGUUUGGAAAUGCUCUGCUCUGUGCCAACAGGAAAGACCUCAUCAACCCGACGUUCAGAGGUCUGCCUGCUGCGUACCGUGCUGAUGGACAUAUUUCCUCUGAUGAGCCUCCUCCAUGUGUGUUGGAGAGAUUGUGCGAGCUCCACGACGGGCUGGUGGUGGAGGCGAAAGGCAUCAAGCAGCACUACUUCAAACCUUACAUACAGAAGCUGUUUCAGAAACAGAUCCUGAAAGGUCACGAUGAGCUUUUGACUGAACUCUUGGAUCCUCAGAACUUCAUCGAUAACAAUAAAGCCAUAAACAGGGAGUAUGAGGAGUAUGUGCUGACGGUGGGAGACUUCGAUGAGCGAGUGUUUCUGGGAGCCGAUGCCGACGAGGAGAUCGGAACUCCAAGGAAGAUCGUUCAGGAGCCACCUGCCAGCCAACAGCUGCAGCAACACGUGGAGAAGUCUGCCUCUCUCGCCCCCUCCACCCCUCUGACCGGACGAGUGUACCUGAAGGAGAAGGACCUGCUCGUCACUCCCGUCUCCUCGGCGACACAGAGUGUCAGCAGGCUGCAGAGCAUGGUGGCUGGUUUAAGGACGGCCCCCAGUGACCAUCUGAUGCAGAUCUUCAAGUCCUGCUCCAGAGACCCCACAGAGUCCAUACUGACCCGAGUGAAGACACUGGGACAAACCUUCAAAGAACAUUACACCAACGACUCGGAGGACACGCCUGGCUCUCAUAUAGACUUUGCAGAGAACCGUCUAAAGCUGGCUGAGAUCCUCUACUACAAGAUCCUGGAGAACGUCAUGGUCCAGGAGACCAGACGGCUGCCUGGCAGAGACAUGAGCGUUUUGCUGGAGCAGGAUAUCUUCCACUGUUCCCUGAUGGCGUGCUGUCUGGAGGUGGUGCUGUUCGCCUACAGCUCCCAGAGGACCUUUCCUUGGAUCAUCAGUGUCUUCAAACAGGUUCCUUUCUACUUCUUUAAGGUGAUCGAGGUGUUUAUCCGCUCCGAGGAGGGCCUGUCCAGAGACAUGGUGAAACAUCUGAACUCCAUCGAGGAGCAGGUUCUGGAGUGCAGGGCGUGGACCACAGACUCUGCCCUGUGGAGCGCCUUGCAGGCUGCAGGGAACAAGGUUCCCACAGUGGAGGAGGUGAAUUUUUCCUCCAGUCUUGACACAGGUUCUGCUUCUGGAUCUUGUUCUGUCAGUGGAGGGCAGUCCCACCUGCCCAUGGUGGCCCUCUCACCCAUCAUCCAUCCCCGCAUCAGGGAGUUCCGGUCCGGCCUGGGCAGCGCCCGUAAAGAUGUGCCUCCCUCUCCACUGUCCGUACAUGACAGGUACAGCUCUCCUGCAGCUGGCAGCGCGAAACGGCGUCUCUUCGGUGACGACCCACCAGCUCCGUCACCAGGCCUGAACGCCGGCUUAAGCCCAAUGUCCUCUCCAGCAAAGAGGCUGACCUUUGGCACAAGCAGCACCCUGAAGAUCGCAGGACAGGGGACACAAACCACCGUCCUGACUAUCCCACUGCCAGGUACAAAUAACACUGACCGCACCAUCACGCUGAUCCCGGUUCAGCCGUGUGAUUCUUCUGCUCCCAUCACGGCUCAGUUCCUGCUGACCGCCUCCCCGAGCCGGCCCACCGCCGUUGCCGCGACCUCUGAUACCCAAGCAGGAAAUGGACGACCGAGACGCACAGGAUCACUCGCUCUCUUCUUCAGGAAGGUGUAUCACCUGGCUAGCGUACGUCUGAGGGAUUUGUGUGUGAAGCUGGACAUCUCGUCCGAUCUGCGAGGGAAAAUCUGGACUUGUUUCGAGCACUCUCUGGUCCACUAUACCAAUCUGAUGAAGGACCGGCACCUCGACCAGCUGCUGCUGUGCAGCAUUUACAUCAUUUCCAAAAUCACCAAAGACACUCACACCUUCCAGGACAUCAUGAAAUGUUACCGCAGCCAGCCGCAGGCCAACAGCCACGUGUACCGCAGCGUCUUACUGCGUCGCACUCCCAGAGAGCAGGUGGCUGAUGAAAACAUGGAGGUGGAUCCUGUUUCGGGUGGAGAAUCUGCAGAGAAAACCAAUCAGCACUCGGGAAACUUAAACUGCAGCCAAUCAGGAGGGGAGGAGGAGCGUGGUGACCUCAUCCAGUUUUACAACACUGUGUACGUCCUGAAGAUGAAGAGCUUUGCUCUGCGAUACGCCACCAGCGAUAACCGGGCGGACGCUCCUCCUCUCUCUCCGUUUCCGUCGGUCCGGGCUCAGCCUCUGUCUCCUCGCCGGAUCUCUCAGAGACACUCGCUCUACGUCUCCCCUCACAAGAACUCAGCAGGCUGUCUCACGCCGAACUCCUACACCUACAGGAUAAACAGCAGCCCGUCUAAGGAGCUGUCAGACAUCAACCGGAUGAUCCGGCAGGGCUGCGUGAGCAGGAAGAGAGCCUUCAACAUGGAGGGGGACGUCAUGAUGUCGUCGGCAUGCGACUCCCCGAGUAAGAGGGCGUGUCCGGAGAACGGCAGCAGCCCAGAUGUGCUACUGAAGCGCCUCCAGGAUGUCGUGUCGGAGCGGCAGAGUCACUGAUGGGCCGACAGAGGGACAGAAACUCAAACCUGAAACUGCCAGGAAAGUAAUGAAGCAUUAAGAUUAACGGCUCCUCAGGUUCAAAAAGAAAAAUCCAGCGACACACAGAGACGUGUUUGAUUUCAGGAAACGUAAAGCUAAGGUGCCUGUUUUAUGUCUCACAUUUGAUUUUAAUCCAAGGGCACAAGACACCGAACGCACAGCGAUAUUGAUGCUUUUCUUGUUUUAUCCACAGCAAGUUGUAGUUCUGCUUCCUGUCUGUCGAUCACAUUGUUUGAUCCACAUCACGAAACAAAACUCACACGAGGCGAAACGCUCACUGAGAGUUGCGUUACGUCUUUGCACAGAGGUGCUUGUUAUAUUCGUGUUCAAUCCUCGGUGUGACUCACGUUCAGUUCCUUUCAGUUUUAAUCCCGCCCCUUUAAUUUAAUCAACCAAUCCGCUUGAAUCAGAGGUCCCGUUUUUGAUCUUUGAGCUUUUAAUUGUUCAGUUGCCUCCACUCAGACUUACUGCCAGUUUGUCCUAGUGGCCACCUGUGGUAUUGCACCUGAAAUUCCACAGGGAAAGGGUUUUUGCUUUCCCGCAAACCUCUGGGGGGGGGGAGAUGUGUAAUGAGGUCGGUUUUAAUUGUUCUGGUUUUAAAUUUUGUUGAUGGAGGGAUUAAUGUUUCUAAAAUCGCUCCUAGCAGCUGAAAAAUCUGUGUGUGCUUAGAUACAUGUAGAUCCCAAAUCGGGGCUUACAUCCCUGCUGCCGCCGUCUUAUUCAGGAGGUCUGACUGACUUUGGAUCACAUUAUUAUACUAAACAGCAAAGUUGUUUUUCAGCUCUGUGGUGUUCCAAAGAAACAGAUGCUAAAUCAAAGCACCAAUUAUAUAUAUUUCUUUUUUUUUUUAAACAGAUUUUACUGUUUGAGAAACAUGUUUGAUUAGAUAACAAUAAGUAAUCCUUCCUCUAAUCUGACUUUUUGUUUAAAUCAAUGUCCUGGCAUUAUAAUAAGCUAAUGUUGGCUUAUGUCAGGAAGGAUAAACACCUUUUAUACUACUAUUAUGAAAGCUGUGCUACAAGUCUUAUUAUGACAUAUAAAGGAUGUUAACUGGCUCGUCAGCUGUGGUCAUCCUAAAUUACCCGGUCGAGCGUUAAAAAGUUAAAUAUGUAGCUGGAUUGUGGCUAUAUAAAUAUGUUAACCUGCACUGCGUUGUUCACAUAACUGCUGAUUUGUGUGCAGAUUGCUAAAAGAUAAAGUCAGAAGACUAUCGUGGACUCCAGCUCUUCAGACUGAAUCCCUCGUCUGCAACUUUCAUGUAAAGUACUUGACAGGAAGAUAAACUGGAUUCAAUGAUGGAGAAGUCCCACUUUUAUAUUUAACAUCAAAACAGAGCUGAAAAUAAUCAGCUAUGAUUCAAAAAUUUGGUAAACCUAUUCAAGCGUUUGUAACUGCUUGAAAAUCAGUUGAAAUUUCAGCAAAUUCUGAUGAUUUUUAAUUAUGCAUAGGCCUCUUCCUUCACAGACGUAAAGCAUUAGAAGCCCAGAGCCUCCUGAACAAUAUGGCGGCCUUGUUCUUGCAUUGCUUCACUCAGUAACAGCGAUCGGUGUAGCGUCUGUGUCAAUGGACUCUGUAAGCCAAGCGGUAACUUGUCAUUCUCAGGCGAGCGUGACACAUCUCCAUGGAGUCGUUCACAGUCGCAGUCCCACCUAAAAACAAACUGUGGACUCUGCCUGUAAACUGAGCCUGGUGGUGAUCAUCUCAUUUAUUACAGUCGCCAGCUGAGCAUCACAUGCAGCCAGCUUGAUGACAUGUCUGGGGUCAGACGUUGGUCUUUAAGCAGCUGUAGUAGCAGACUUUGUUUUUCAGUGUGGCGACAGCUGUUUGCGUGUUUGUGACUCAGCACUUUAAAACUCUCUUUCAUACUGCAGGAAUUACCUUUCUUUGUUUUAACAGACUCAAAGAAUAUUUGAUAUUUGGAGUAUCUAAUCAUCCACACCUCUCAUACAUGAUUUCCAAAACAAACAAAAAAUAAACACCUUCUCUUCUUUCAGAGAAAUCUGAUGUGAACACUUUUUGAUUCAGAGAGCCUUUAUACAUGAGUUUUCAGGGUCAGACCUCUCAGCCUGUCUGUGUUGGUGCCUUUUUUGUACAUAUGCAAAUAAAUAACAGUAUUAAGGAAAAUAAGUGGAGAAAAGGAAACGCAGAAGUAUCUGAACCUUUUUCAGAUGUCUGAAAUAGUUGAACGUCUAAACCGUGUAUCGUUUCCUUGAGAUGAUGUCUUUCACUACACUUCCUGCAGAUGUCUCCUCUUUGUUUGGAGACUUGAUUUCUGUGGAGAAAACGUCUUUUAUUAGUUUUAAUGUUUCUUUUUAUUUUGUGGUUUGAACCAUGUUGUGCUGUAAUUACAGGUGUUCUGCUCGGCUAAAGCAGCAUUUUUGUACGCAGGUGUGUAGUAUCUACACUCGAUUUUAUUCUAUGAUGUGUUAGAAAUCAGUCUCUCAGCUUCUACCUGCCGUGGCUUUCUCAUAAUUGCUAAAAAAGUUUUGUAAAAUAAACAUUUAAAAGGUGUUGAGUUGUUUUAUGGAAGGCCUUAAAAACACUGAUCGAUGGGCGUCGCCCGUCAACUUCAGUGAUAUUUGUAUUUUCUACAAAUAGUCAAGUUUUGUAUAAUAAAACUCUUCAU